AUGGAUUUCCGUGAACGAGUUCAGGAGGGCUGUGACCAGCUGUUGCAGAAGCUGGCCGAUGGCUGUAGUCACCCCAAUGGAUUGAGUACGAUUUCAUGCUCCACAUACGAUACUGCCUGGGUGUCCAUGGUGCGCAAGCCGGUAGACAGUUCCCCUUGCCAAUGGCUCUUCCCAUCGUCGUUCACCUAUCUUCUGGCCACUCAGUCGUCCGACGGUGGGUGGACGGGGCCUUCGAACUCUAACGUGGAUCACAUUCUCUCCACGAUGGCUGCGCUGCUCUCCUUGACCCGGCAUCGAGUGACCCUAACGGGUGCCGAAGUGCUCGACAGCGAGGUACGCGAUCUGGACGAGCGGAUCACCCGGGCCACCGCUUUUCUCCGCGCAAGACUCCAACUGGUAGACAUUGCUGGCACUGAUCGCGUAGGAUUGGAGCUUCUGAUCCCUACACACCAGCGCCUGCUACAAGAGGAAGGGGUGAAUCUAGACUUUCCUGGUGCACAAGCGUUGCAUCAGCUGCGCGCGGCCAAGCUGGCUCGUUUCUCCCCAGAGUUCUUGUACGGCGACACACCCACCACGCUGACCCAUUCCCUGGAAGCCUUCAUCGGAAUCAUCGACUUCGACCAGGUUCGGCAUCGCUUGGACUUUGGUAGCAUGCUGGCUUCGCCCUCUUCUACCGCUGCCUAUCUGAUCGCCGCUUCCCAAUGGGACGAGGCUGCUGAGGCCUAUCUGCGCGCCGCGGUGGAACAUGGGACAGGUCAAGGGUUAGGGGCCGUGCCGAGCGCUUUUCCAACGACGAUCUUUGAGGUCGUCUGGGUGACUUCUACUCUUCUUCAGUACCAAGUCAUGCUUGGGGAUACGGGGCAACAAUGUGUGCAGAUUAUCGCUCAAUAUCUCAAGGACGUCUAUGAGCAUCAGAAUGGGGUUUUUGGAUGGGUUCCCACCUUGAUCGCCGACGCGGAUGAUACGGCGCGCAGCAUCUUAACCUUGAACUUGGUCGGCUAUCCCGCCCAACCCCAGCAGUUGAUCGCGCAGUUCCGGAACGGCGAUCAUUUCCGAACAUAUCCUCAGGAAAGAGACCCUAGCAUCAGUACGAACUGCAACGUGCUGGUAGCCCUGCUCCAUACGGCGGAGCCCCGUCAGUACCUCGACGAGAUCCAGUUGACACUUCACUUCCUCUACCGACAGCACAACGCAGGACGUUUGCAAGAUAAAUGGAAUAUCAGCCCUAUGUACCCCCGCAUGCUCCUCGCCACUGUGCUGGCACGGGUCAUCCAGCUUUGGGGUCAGGGGCCACUCUCUUCCUUGCCAGCUGACUGCGUGCAAACAGCGCUUGUCAUCCUAAGCAAUGUACUGCAGAGGACACUGCAGGAUCAAGACCCGGCGAACGGUUCCUGGAGCGGAUCCAUCGAGGUAACUGCAUAUGCCGUCCUUACCUUAGCCGUCGCCUCCACCAGCCCUGUUGGAAGGGUGAUCGGAGAGCAACUGCGCACCAGCAUCAUCUACGGACGCGCAUUUCUCGAAGCCAACUUCGAUCGGUGGGGGCAGGGGCCACCGAUCUGGAUUGAGAAAGUCCUGUACAGUUGCCCCUCGCUCUCCAGCGGGUUUUGUAUUGCCGCCCUGCUGACCCCAACGUUUACCGCGGAUGUGUUGAGCAAGGAAUAUGAGGUGGUGAUGGAGGCACCCAGAGCCACCCUCUAUCGGUUCCGAAACUUCUAUUCCUGUCUUCCCCUCCUGGCUGCCGAGCCCCAUUGGCAGCUCACAUCCGCCCUGAACGAAGCCGCAUUGUGGUAUCCUCGGUUGGCAGCCCAGCGUCACCGUAUCUUCCCCCGCCACAAUAUGACCGCAGACAAAUACCUGGAGUACAUUCCGCAAACAUGGACGCUCUGCAACGCUCACAACGGCCAUGCGCUGGAGCCUGAGUUCAUGUGGGAUAUGAUGAUGAUCUCGAUGCUCAACUAUCAGGUGGAUGAGUUCCUUGAAUCGGUCGUCGGAGGCUAUCCGCUGGAAAAGUUGGAUGUUGUACGAGGGACUAUCCGUCGACUGUGCCAUGCCGAGCAGCAGGAGGAGCACCAGCAACAAACACCACACGGUCCACAGCCCGCGUCUAAGAUAGAAGACACGAGCUCAGACGAAGACGGUGGUGGUAUCCACUCGCGACCCUCCGAGCCCACCCCACCAGAAUCUCCCACCGGCAGUGGCUCUAACUACUCCUUCGCUCACAUCGACGGCAUCCUCCACAAAUUCACCCGGUACAUCCUCACCCAUCCGGCCGUCGUGCGCGGCUCCUCGAGUACACGCCGUCUUCUCGCCCGCGAACUGGAGACCUUCCUGCAAGCUCAUCUGACCGACCUGACCACCAGUCAGCAACUGCAGCGCACGCAUACCCAGCAGCAGGACCACCUGUGCAACCCGCCCUCUUCCUACUUCACAUGGGUUCGCACCACCUCUGCCGAUCACACCAGCUGCCCGUAUUCCUUCCACUUCCUCGCUACCCUCAUCGCCUACUAUGACCAGCCCGAAACGACUGCUCCUCAUUCCGCCUUCCACGGCCCCCGCCAACACUACCUCGCCGAGUCCCUCUGUCGCCACUUAGCCACCAUGUGCCGCCAGUACAACGACUACGGGAGCAUCGCCCGGGAUCGCGCCGAGGGGAACUUGAACAGCGUGAACUUUCCCGAAUUCUGGGAGCAGACGGGGGAUGAGAGGAAAAAAGGCUACGGAGGCGGGGAAGAUGACUGCAAACGACAGCCUACUCAACGAUCCCUGGACGCGGUCAAGUCAGACUUGAUGUGGCUGGCUGAGUACGAGCGGGCGUGCUGUUUGGGCGCGUUGGAGCGACUGGUGGCCGAGACGGGGCUGCCAGCGCGGACGGCACGCAUCGUGCGCACAUUUGUCGAUGUGACGGACUUAUAUGGGCAGAUCUAUGUAGCGCGAGAUAUUGCGAGUCGAGCGCGGUGAUGUUUGGCGUUGGUGUAUAUUUAAAUGAUCAUAUUAGCACCCAUGGUAGCUCUCGUCCCGGUCUUCUUUCUUCACUUUUCCUUUCUCCUUCCUUUCUUCUAUGCCUGAUGAUACAUUCUGUAAACCUGCACUACUCUGCUAUCGGCCCUGGAGGAUGGGGACAGGGAGCGAGACUUCAUUGCACUGAUUAUGAUUAGGGCCGUGUCCAUACCCUUGUCACUUAGUACAUGUAUGUCCAGUCGUGUCAACAGGAUUAGA